AUGGCUUCUGCUACAGGUAUUCCGGAACAACCUGUCGUCGAUCCUCGAGAGGGAGAGGAGUCAAGAGCAGAGGAGUCGAGAGGAGAUGAGCCAAGAGAAGAUGAGCCCUUACUCGGACGGCCUGGUGCUGCAACACAGCAAGAUGGCCGUUCUCUCUUCCCCAACCUCAUCAUAGGGACAGCAGGCAUCGCGCAAGCCGGACUGAUCUUGCUGGUGGCCUCUGUCUGGGCCAGCGUUUUCCUCAACCCCUUGAUCUUCUUCUCCGCGCAUCCCCUCCUGAACUCAGCUGGCCUGCUUUUCCUCACAGAAUCCAUCCUCAUUCUGCAACCCACACAUACCCCGACUCAAAAGCGCCAAGGCACCAUUGCCCAUUUCAUUGCCAAUAACUUGGCUUUGGACCUCCUCAUAGCAGGUCUCGUCAUCAUCGAAUACAACAAGUGGGCAAAUGCUAUACCGCACUUCGAGUCACCGCACGCCGUCUUAGGUCUGACCACCUAUAUUCUGCUGUUGAUUCAAUCCGCGGUGGGUUUUACGCAGUACUUCACCCCCAGGUUGUAUGGUAGCGUAGACAGGGCCAAAUCAAUCUAUAAAUGGCACCGAAUCAGUGGAUAUAUCAUCCUGACCACGAUGUUGGCCACCGUCAUCGCAGCAACACAGACCGAUUACAACAAGAACAUUCUGGAUAUCAAGAUUUGGGCUAUAAUUAUCGCCGCAAUCCUAGUGCUGAUUGGCGUUUUGCCCAGGAUCAAAAAGCAGAAAUUGGGGCUCCAGCCAAAACCAAGCGGUGUCGAGGGCCAGUAG